UUUCCGCCCUUCCCGAAGUUUUCACUUCACUGUCGGCUACAGUAGUUAAGUUAGUACAGCCAUUCGCCAUUGUACGUGGGUAACCGAUUUUUAGUACAGUAGAAUAGUACACAAGCUGGUGAAUUACAUUUCGACACAAUUAACACUCGAUUCGUUGAAAAAUAUGUGUGAAGUAACACGAACGUGUAUACGGUAAUAUAUUGUUAUAGUAAAAAGAAAAACAAUGCAGUGAACAUGUGUUCGCGUGGUGAUAUCGAAGAUACUUCGGAAACCGAAACCAAUACAGCCGAUUUACGCAACAAUGAGUUCGUCAAGUUGCUAGAAGAGAACAAGAUAUUGUUCGAUAAAUCGCAAAGUCCCUAUAUUCAGAAAAAGAAGAAAGAAUGCAUCGAAAGAAUACAACGCAGCUAUUUGGAAAAGACUAAUAAAGCCAUAUCAACGCAACAGAUACGUAAACGAUUAUGUAACAUGAAAUCAGAAGUACGAAAAUACCUCAGAAAUGAUUGUUACAGUAAACCGGUCAGAUUAAAGGAUUGGCACAGGAGUGUGAUGGCUUUGAUGAACGAACACGGUGAUUUCGUCGACGAAGCUACAGCUGAAAUACCUACGAGUUCGGCGGUGCCCACUCAAAGCUUAGGAAUGGAAUAUGGUAGCGAUAGCGGCGACUCCUACGAAACCGGCUUCCCUCUGACGGACCCUUUAGCACCUCAAAUAAGCAUAUCGGAGCUGAAAUUCUCCAAUCUGACGAACCACAUAUCACCCUACGAACGUCUAACCAACGAAACCGACCAGACUAAAAAUCUUUCAAAUAAUGAUCUCGAACGAGCCGUUUUACUCGCCAAAUACGAACUGACUACGCUCCAAAUACAAGUAUUCAAGGAGCAAAUCGAGCUGAUUAAUUUGCAGAAGAAAAACGUCGAGAAGAACAUUCCAAUUGAUUAAUCGUAAUAAUUCUCAUACGUCGAAAUCGCAUUUUUCUUUCGUACUUUCUCGCAUAAUUCUCGUACCAAAUUUUCAUUGUGAUUUUAUUUAUGAAUUAUAUAACGUAUUUAAAUUAU